CAUCAGGCUCAUGGUUCGCCUGAAUGGCUUCAGCCCACAUAUAACCUUGAAACACAGCUCACUCAAAUGAUUGGUGAUUAUUAUGUACGGGAGAGGAAUGGCCUAGAUAAUCUAUGGAUCUUGAAGCCGUGGAACAUGGCAAGAACUAUUGAUACAACCAUAACUGGCAAUUUAUCUGCUAUUAUCCGUCUCAUGGAGACUGGGCCAAAAAUAUGCCAGAAGUAUAUUGAGCACCCUGCUCUGUUCAAGGGGAGGAAGUUUGAUCUUCGUUACAUCAUCUUGGUUCGCAGCAUAAACCCAUUGGAGAUAUUUCUGACUGAUGUAUUCUGGGUUAGGUUAGCAAACAAUACUUACUCUUUGGACAAACACAGCUUGGAUGAAUAUGAAACUCAUUUUACUGUAAUGAAUUACCGAGGAAGAUUAGACCACUUGAACACCCCAGAUUUUGUGAAUGAGUUUGAACGAGAGCAUAAAGUAAAAUGGACUGAUAUCCAUAUGAGAGUUAGGAGUAUGAUUAGAUCAGUGUUUGAAUCUGCUGCAUCAGUGCAUCCAGAGAUGCAUCAUCCCAGAUCUCGGGCAAUGUAUGGUGUUGAUGUGAUGCUUAGUUGCGAUUUUGUGCCUAAACUACUUGAGGUUACCUACUGUCCUGACUGUGCCAGAGCUUGCAAGUAUGAUACAGAAGCUGUGAUUAAAGGAGGAGAACCUGUGAAAGGACACAUGUUCUUCAAUUACGUGUUUGGCUGUCUUUUUCUCAAUGAAACUAACCAUGUGUCCCCGUUGUAGGCAAGUUUGCUAAAUUUGUCAAAUACUCUGUCCCAAUUUGCUGUCUUAGUUACUCAUCGGUAAAACUGCAUUUCGUUCUUACUUUGUUUUCUCUAAUAUCGUUAUCUAGUUAAAUUGUCAUGACACUGGUUGUUUUGUUGAACUUCGAUAGUGUUUUUUAUUGUGCAAGUCUCUUUUAUUAAAUAGUACAAAAUUGAAUCUAAAAUAUCUUGGCUCUUGCUUCAUUGCAUGCUGAAGACACAUAAAAUGGAAAAUGUUUUUUUUUGUUAGCAACAUUUGUG